GAAAUCUCAUCAUCUGAAUCGUGAAAGAGAGAGGUAUCAACGCGAGAUAUAGAAGCAAGCCCUAAGCGUUAGAGAGAAAGCUGAAAAACACUGUGAUGGCACUCUCUGCUCGUCUCUUUUCCAAAUCCAAGUUGGUCUAUGGUAGUCAAAUACUUCUGCAGAAGGAGUAUGCUGUUCCUGUUCGUCGCUUUGCUAAAGAGUCUGAGCCUCCUAAGCUUAAGGGAGAUGAGAUGCUGAAGAACGUUUUUGUGGAGGUGAAGAACAAAUUUGAGACAGCCAUAGGAAUAUUAAAGAAGGAGAAGAUCACCAUAGAUCCAGAUGAUGCGGCUGCUGUUUCUCAUUAUGCAAAGGUCAUGAAAACAGUUAGAGAGAAGGCAAACUUGUUGUCAGAGUCCCAAGAAAUCCAAUCUACCAUUGACAUAGAGACACAAGAUAUUCCAGAUGCUCGAACUUAUCUAUUGACACUGAAAGAAAUAAGAACCAAGAGAGGUCUUACUGAUGAUAUUGGUGCAGAGGCUAUGAUGAUGGAUGCUUUAGAGAAAGUUGAAAAGGAGUUCAAGAAACCUCUACUGAGAAAUGAUAAGAAAGGAAUGGACCUUCUCUUGGCAGAGUUUGAUAAGAUCAAUAAGAAACUUGGAAUUCAAAAAGAAAAUCUACCAAAGUACGAAGAGGAGCUAGAAAACAAAUUAGCCAAAGCACAACUAGAGGAGCUGAAGAAGGAUGUUCUUGAGGCAAUGGACACUCAAAAGAAGAGGGAGGAAUUCAAGGAUGAGCCUGAAUCAGUUGAUGUCAAAACUUUGGACAUCCGAAACUUCCUUUAAAAUGUCUUCACGAUGUUUGCAUACAUUAGAAAUUAUUGCAUUUGGAUAAUGGUGAAGCCGUGUUUCUUCAAUAAGUAGACACCACUGAUUUUGAAGUGCAACACUGAUGCCAGUUUGAAGAUUCUUGAGUUUUCAAGGUCUUUGUAUUCCAAAUUCCAGCUUAAAACUGGAAGUUGAAGAGAUCAAAUUUUCGAAAAUUUUCUUUUGCCAGGUUGUUUCAAGUAUUUAUUCUUUUUGAUAUUAUGGUUGUUCCCAAUUCA